AACUGCGUGGGGAUCCAUCGCUCCCGACGCUACUCCUGCCGGGCCACCACAGGCCCAAGUGUUCCGGCAGGGCGCGGCUUCCGGCGACCCAGCUCCGUCCUAAGCCCCCCUCUUGCCUGUUCGCGCGCUCGCGGACAGCUGCGGUGUUUUGGCCCACGGGCGGAGCCGUAGUUACGGUCUACUGGGGCGUCGUCCGUAGCCCGGGAGCCGGGUGUCUGGAAUCGCGGCCCGAGGUUCACGAUGUCCGAAGAGGAAGCGAGGCAGAGCGGAGGGUCCUCGCAGGCCGGCGCCGUGACUGUCAGCGACGUCCAGGAGCUGAUGCGGCGCAAGGAGGAGAUAGAGGCGCAGAUCAAGGCCAACUAUGACGUGCUGGAAAGCCAAAAAGGCAUUGGGAUGAACGAGCCGCUGGUGGACUGUGAGGGCUACCCCCGGUCAGACGUGGACCUGUACCAAGUCCGCACCGCCAGGCACAACAUCAUAUGCCUGCAGAAUGAUCACAAGGCUGUGAUGAAGCAGGUGGAGGAGGCCCUGCACCAGCUGCACGCUCGCGACAAGGAGAAGCAGGCCCGGGACAUGGCUGAGGCCCACAAAGAGGCCAUGAGCCACAAACUGGGCCAGAGUGAGAGCCAGGGCCCUCCACAGGCCUUCGCCAAAGUGAACAGCAUCAGCCCCGGCUCCCCAGCCAGCAUCGCGGGUCUGCAAGUGGAUGAUGAGAUUGUGGAGUUCGGCUCUGUGAACACCCAGAACUUCCAGUCACUGCAUAACAUUGGCAGUGUGGUGCAGCACAGUGAGGGGAAGCCCCUGAAUGUGAUGGUGAUCCGCAGGGGGGAAAAACACCAGCUUAGACUUGUUCCAACACGCUGGGCAGGAAAAGGACUGCUGGGCUGCAACAUUAUUCCUCUGCAAAGAUGAUUGUCCCUGGGGAACAGUAACAGGAAAGCAUCUUCCCUUGCCAUGGACUUUGGUCUAGGGAUUUCCAAUUUGUCUUCUCUCCCUGAAGCAUAAGGAUCUGGAAGAGGCUUGUAACCUGAACUUCUGGGUGGUGGCAGUGCUGUGGCCCACCAGUGUAAUCUCCCUGGAUUAAGGCAUUCUUAAAAACUUAUGCUUGGCCUCUUUCGCAAAUUGGGCCACGGCCCUAAAUAGGAAUUCCCUGGAUUGUGGGCAAGUGGGCGGAAGUUAUUCUGGCAGGUACUGGUGUGAUUAUUAUUAUUUUUAAUAAAGAGUUUUACAGUGCUGAUAUA